UGCUCUUCCGCUCACUAAGUUUGGCCUCUGCAGCAGCCGUCACACGCAGGCGCGGAGGUAGCUGGGAAAAGGCAGCUUCCUCACACCGACCCCCCGAAGUUUGUGUCGCUGCGGAGUGCUGCAGGUUUGUUUGGCACGGAUUGGAUUGGCAAUCACUUUCAGCUUUUGAGGGGAGCUGUUUCUUUUAGUGGUUAGUUUUAUGAUGAUCUGAAGAUAUUUCCUGGAUGUGGACUGUAAUUUUUCAAAAACACAGUGUGGCAAAAGCACUGUACGACAUUUGUUGAAAAAUGUUUGGGAGAUUGACUCUUCCACAACUGCUUUUUGCUAGCAUCCUUGGAAUUGCUGGAGGGAUGUAUAUUUAUCAACGAAUAUUUGAACAAUACUACCGAGAUCAGAUGGAAUUAAAAGAAAAGUUGAAAUUGGCACAAGAAUCAGAAGAGAAGAAAAGUUAAUACUACAUGGAGUUGAAAUGUAAUUGUUUAAAGUUCUAUUGAAAUUAUACAUUGACUAUAAAUAAUCUAGUAAAAACUUCUCAAGUAUAUUUUAAACACAAAUAAUAGGUAAUGAUUUUAAAACAAGCACUGUCAAUUUUAAUGUUUAAUUUUAUUUGUCAUUUUUAAACUAAAAUGAAUGUGUUAAAGAAUA